AUGACCGGCACAAACUUGGAGACAAAUUUGAAGCAACAGGAACAGAAGGAGACCUUGUUGGUGGAGAAUGGAGACAAGAAGAAGAAGAUCGAGCAGUUUGAGGAAGAGCACGAAGGUGGACUGAAGAAGACUUUGGGCUUGUGGAAUGGCGUCAGUAUUAUCAUCGGGUCGAUUAUUGGUUCUGGUAUCUUCAUCUCUCCUACUGGUGUUCAAAUGGGUAAUGAUUUAAUUUUGGUGUUGGUGAGGAUAUAGUUGAAGAAAAGAAUUGAUAUAGCAAAAAUGACUUGUUUUUUUUCAGAAGCCGGUUCUGUAGGAUUGUCAUUAAUUAUUUGGGUAGCUAGUGGAAUCUUUGCUAUGGCCGGAGCUUGGUCGUAUGCUGAAUUGGGUACACUCAUCCACAAGUCUGGUGGUGACUAUGCUUACAUUAUGGAAGCAUUUGGACCCUUUGCUGCUUUCAUGAGAUUCUGGAUCGAAGCCAUCGUUGUCAGACCAUGUUGUGUCACUAUCGUUGCUCUUACCUUUGCCAACUACAUGCUGACUCCAUUGUAUGGUCCUACAGAUCUGCCUCCCUACAGUAUCGAAGGGUUGGCUGUGGUUUUGAUUGGUAAGUUCGUUUUUGAAAUUGUUAGUUACAAUAUUUUAUUUGAAUUUUUUUUAUUUUUUAUUUUUAUGGUGGGUAUUGCGGUAUAAUAAUUAUAUUUCUUAAAAUUUUAUUUUUAGUGUUUUUGACAUUCAUUAACUGCGCCUCAGUCCGUUUGUCAACUGUAAUUAUGGACACCUUCACCAUUGCCAAGGUGUUUGCCUUGAUCAUGAUCAUCUUCACUGGAGUUUAUUUCUUGAUCUUCGGAGAUGCGAGCAACAGAGCUGCCUUUGCUGAUCCCUUCGUCAACUCAAAUUGGGAUGCUGGAAAGAUCUCUUUGGCCUUUUAUCAAGGUCUCUUCGCUUACCAAGGCUGGAACUACCUUAACUUUAUUGUUGAAGAACUUCAGAAUCCUAAAAGGUAAGGCCUCGAGAAUAUUUUUGUGUUUUUUAUAUCUAUAUUGGUAACAUUACAAAUCAAUAGCUUGUAUUGAUAUAAAUAUUUAUUUACUUUCAGAAACCUUCCUCUCGCCAUCUUGAUCUCAUGUUCUACCGUAAUCGUUGUAUACGCUUUAACCAACGUCGCAUUGUAUACCAUCGUAUCUCCUCAAGAGAUGCUCAGCUCCAAAGCUAUUGCUCUCGACUUUGCUAACCGUGUCUAUGGUCCAGUAGCUUUCAUCAUGCCAAUCUUUGUCGCUUGUUCCACUUUGGGAUCAGCCAAUGGUGUCAUCUUUACUACAUCAAGGUAUGUGUAUUGUUCAUAUUGAGGUUUGUGUACUAUAAAUUUCAAUGGUUAACUUGGCACUAUAAUUUAUGGUUUUUUUUCUUAGUUUUUUUUACCUAAAUGGAAUUGUAUUAUUGUGUAUUAACUUUUUGGUUUUAGAUUGUUCUACGUUGGUGCUCGCGAAGGUCAAAUGCCAGUAUUGUUGACCAUGGUCCACCACAAAACUCGUACUCCCAUCCCUGCUGUCGUCAUCUGUGUAAGUGAAUACCUCUAUUUUAUCGUAAAUUUUGGUAUUUGUAAUUUAAAAAGUAUUUUAAUUAUUUUUUCAUAUUAUACUAAACGUCUUAUUUUCAGGGUAUUCUCUCGGUCUUGUACCUUCUCUUGUCGAACAAUGUGAAUGCCUUGAUCAACUACAUUCAGAUCAGCUACUGGCUAGCUAUUGCUGCUGCCACCGCUUCUUUGUUCUACUUCAGAUACAAGAUUCCGAACGAACCAAGACCAAUCAAGGUGAACCUCGCCAUUCCGAUCUUGUUCUUCAUUGGAUGUAUCGGGCUGGUCGUUAUCCCAAUUGUUGGUAGUCCAAGAGAUACGGCUAUUGGAAUAGCUAUCAUGUUGACUGCUCUGCCUAUCUACUUCUUGUUCAUCGCUUACCGACCAAAGGCCUUCAAUGUUGUCAGCGGUAUGUUGUUUUUUGGAUAUUAUUUUAUGUUUUCAAAGGUCUUUUUAAUAUUUUUUAAUGAUGGUGUUUGGUAUAAAUCAAAAAAUAAUAAUACUGUAUAAGUGACUUAAACCUAUUAUAUUUUUCAGACCGUGUCACCAAGUUCUUCGAAAACAUUCUCGGUGUGAAGCCAGAAGCCGAAGUUGAAGCCACGGAAGGCCACAAUGAAGAAGCGGAGAUCGCUUUGACAGAAACAAACGAAGUCAUCCACGCUGCUGAUAAAGUUAUCCAUGACGCCGAGCACCAUCAUGAGAAGCUAGCUGAAGACUCCAAGGCUUAA